GCCCCGGCUACCACCGCGAAUGUGGCCGUCGGUCGAGACGGCUGUGGGUGUCGGCUACGUUGUCUGCACGCUCCUCGGUGGUGUCUGGUACCUUCGCCUUCUAACGCCGAGCUUUGCCAACGAUCUGUGGUGGCCUGGGUACAAUCUCUCGUGGCACCAGGCCUUUCUUGUGGAUGUCGUCAAUCAGCUCCUCCAGAGCCAAGCCAACGGCACCUUUGACGUGCUUUCGCCGAUCGCUGUCGUCGCCAAGCGCUACGACGCGGGGGCCAACCACGCGUCGUUCUACCUCCCGUACAUCCAUGAACAGCUACUAACACCGCAGACGUCGUUUCGAUGCGUCGUGCAAGAGCUCCGCGCGCUCUCGGCCUACUGGGCCUUCCGCAUGAACGUGCAGUACUGCUGGGUCGACUUGAACAAGACAUUCGAGGUCGCGCACACGGUCGCGCGCCAAGGUCGCUGCGCGGAUCUCUACUCGACCAACGCAGCCGUGUACCUCGAGACAAUGCUGCGCAACCAAGACUGGCCGGCGAUGCAGGCCACGUGGGGCGGCGACGGCAUUCGCUUCAACGUGGCCAUCGAGCGCGGGCUCCAAGAGACCAGCCAUGGCCGUCGGCUCUUGUCGGACAUGGCAGCUGCCAAGGCGACGACGUCGGUCGACGACGAAGUUGCCUACUGGCACACGUACGACGUGGCCCACUACACGUUGCAGUGGCAGAACCGAUGGGGCGCCGGGAUCGCCGAGACCCUUGUGCUGCAAAAUGCAUUUGGGAUGACGCAGCAGAUCACGCUCAAGGCGCUCGACCAAAUCACCGGACCGUGGUCGUCCCAGACGAUGUUUUGGAUCCCGAUCCAAGACCUCUUUAGCGCCAUGGUGAUGAACCGCAGCUUCGUGCGCGGCACGAGUCGGUUCUUUGGCGCCAACACUUCGGGUCUGCCGACGCUGAGCUUGGAGAGCUACCGCGGCAUCAACGUUGGCUACGGCGUCGCGCACCGCUUCCACGAUUCGAUUGGUCCGUUCCUCUCGGUCGACUGCCUCUACGUACCACCGCCAGUUGUACUUCGCGAGGCGUACAACCAUUUUCUUAGUCUCUUGCACACCGAGCUCCAAGCCUCGGGUCUGCUCCGCGCCGCGUUCUACGCCGGCACCGCGCCGGUGGUCGCCCCGGUGCCAGCCAGUUGGCGAAACCGGUCGGCGUACUUUGGCGGCGACCCCAUGUGCACGUCGGGCACGGCCACGGCCUUUGUGCAGCAGUCGUUUGACUUUUACGAUGCGUGCACGAGCGCCGUGCCGCUGACGCUCUCGCCGUCACCCAGUGCGCUGUUGUGGGCGGCAUUGGCGGCGAAUGCAACUGUGUCGCCCACGUGGCUGCAAAGCGCGGUGCCGACGAUGGCCAUGCCGUCCGACUUGGCUGACAUGGUCGUUGCAAUUCCAUUGGCCGUGGCGAUGCUCAACGUCUCGCUCAUGCAGUACGCCGCCAGCACCAGCCGUGUCAACGAGAUGGACCUCUUGCUCCACCCAUUGCUUGGCGACCCGACGAUCGAUCCAAACUGGCACGCUGCGGGCUGGUGCUUCCUUUUUGAGUGGGCCCUCGGCCAGCGCGAAGUUGUCGCAUUUGCCGGCGACGUCUCGACUUUGGUGCUGCUCUCCAAUGCCUACCCCACCCAAGCCUACAUUGCCAGCGACGCGAUUCUUCAAUCCGCGACGCAGCUCGUGCUCACGAUGGUGGGCAUUUCGUCCAUGAUGCUGCUCGUCGCAGGCGCGGCCGCGCUUGUCGGUGUGAGCCUCGCCAACGGACGUAUCGUCGGGCGCAACCUCCUGUACUUAAACCGCGUCGUCGGCGCCAUCUGGAUGGGCCGCCCGCUCGCGCUGAUUCGAGGCAUGAGCGCGAUUCUGCUGCUCGCGACCGCCCAGUUGCACCUUGUGACCGAGGCUACGCCCGCGACGACGCGUCUCGAGGCAUCGCCGCGGUCCAUUUUUGAAACUUCGCUGCUCGCAGGCGAAGCCACGUGGGUGUCGUAUGUGCUCACGGAUGUUGCUGUCGUUGUUGCGCGUGAGGCUGCGCCGUUGGCCGGUGCACUUGGUGCGUGCAGCAGCUGGCUCUUCACACUGCUGUGGACGUUGCUGGUGCCUGUGGCCAUGGAAAUCCGCCUCGACCGGCGAUGCUCACCUGAUGACAUGGACUACGGCCUCGUCUGCACUUCGGGGGUACUCCGCGUCGGUAGCUACGACCGCACGUUGCUCCUUCUUGGCGCGCAAGUCAUUUUUCUCGCGAUGGCGUUGGUGCUAACUGUAGCGUGGCGACGGCCGUCGCUGGACGUGCACCGCACCGUUCGCCUCGUCGGUAUGGCCGACGUCUUGAUGUGUCCGCUUGCGAUGACGACGCGCUUUGAUCUACCAACGUGCUUGCUCUGCGGCCUCGUACCACUCUCGUCCCAGCGUGUGUUUGACGUGACGCUCUGGGGCCUCUACGACAACCGCUUCUCCGUGUCCCGUCGCGUCGGGCUGCACCCAAACGUACGACGUGACGCCACGAUGGCGAUGCAUGGCCCCACGUUGCACCGGACAUGGUCCAGCGUCUUUGCCAGUGUGAAAAAGCGCAGUCGACGCUUCAUGACACUGGUUGCACUGGGUAACAUGGUAGUUGCGGUUGUCAGCAGCGUCUCGUACUUUGAAGUCUCUCAAGUCAACCUCGCCAACGACUACUACUGGGCCAACUUUAACGUCACGGGCGCGCACGCGUUUUUCGCGACCUGGCUCAACGAACAGCUCGUGCUCGGACUCCAAAGCGCGUCACCGCUACUGGAAGAACCGAGCGUGCUGCAAGAAGCCUUAUUUGCAGCCGACACAGCGUACGUCUUGGCACCCAACAACUAUGGUGCGCUGUUGCAACACGCAGAGCUCCAUACGAUCGAAGACGCGAUUACCGGUCUCCGGGCCUCAGACGCCUGUAUGGCCCCCUGGAUCUUCUCGCCCUACUGCUUCCUCGACUUUGAUAGAGCGUUCGAGGUCGCCUACUCGGCGGCGCGUCAAGCUCGCUGCUACGCCGACAUGCCAACUAACGGCGCCGUCUACCUCGAGUCUCUCUUGCGCAACAUCGACUACCGCGACUGGACGAAUUGUUGGGGCACUGCGUUUGAAACAGCGUACGCGCGGGACCUGCGCGGGUCGGUGGCGGGUCAGAAAUGGCUCGAUAUGGUAUCGGCGAAUCCAGUACCCCUGUCGACUGAAGCUGCGUAUUGGCGCCAGCACGGGGUCGAGAGCUACGAUACGCAGUGGCAAAACUACAAGCGCAUCGGCGUCAUGAACAGCUACUCGAUCACGAAUGCUUACGGCGUAUCGAAUGAUUUGACGCUGAUGGCGCUCAAUGGUACCUACCGCGUGGAUCGCCAGACAACGUACAAAAUGUACUGGUCGCUUGCCAACGACUUGAGUGCAAUCCUGCGCAACACCAGCGGCAUUGGGGGACGCAGUCUCUUGCGCAGAAGCAGUCAAUUUGCCUUUCUCAAUACGACACUCCAAGCCGUACUGAUGGCGAAUGGGACGCUGACGUCACCGCUGCAAAACGGCCUUCAGGUUGUCUCGCAGCUGCUGGGACCAUUUGGCACCGUCGACAUGAUCUACAUUAGCGUGCCGCCGUUGGUACUGCGCUUUGUCGCUGACGCGAUUGAGCGCCUGCGACACGCCCUCGGCCACGCCAACACCGGGGCGCAAGCAGCUUACUUUGGCAUCUCUCCCGUGGCCAUUUCGUACCCGAUUCCUAGCGUCUGGCUUGAGCCCAACGUCCCGGCGUACGGAAGCUCACCGCUCUGCCCCGAGCUCUCAGCGCCCAAACGCGUCUCCACCGGCCUCGCCAACAUCAUUGGCUUUGACCUUGCCUGCAUCGACAGCUCGCCCAUGCAAAGCAAGGUGGUGCCGACCCGCAUGAUGUACGUCGUGGCGAGCCUGCUCUCGAGCCUUGCGUUCCUGGACAUUCGUAGCAUCAACACGUCGGCGAUCUGUCGCUUUGACGUUGCCAACGCUGGUAUUUGUCCCACGUACCUCGUGGCAACCAUGCGCUUUGUCAAAGCGUACCUGCUGUCGGUUGUGCCAUUGAACGAGACAUCGGCACUCGUCACAGAGGCGCGGAGAGUGCACCUGCACGUCGUGGGCAUGAACGUCAGCUUGAUGGUCUACGCCAAGCCGACCAACAACGUGCUGCGGCUGUUGCAAGCGCCGGUGCUCCCUGAUGACGCGUUUGCAUUCUUCGGGUGGACGUACCUCUUUGAUUGGGUGCUUGGACACCGCGAAGUGAUUUCGUUUCGAGGUGACGCAAACGCGUCAUUGACACUGCUUACGGACGCCACAUUGCCGCUGCGGCAGCAGGUGCCGGCGUGGCAAGUCACGGGCGACUUUGCCCAGUACUCGCGCGCGUGUGUCUACUAUGUCACGUGUGUCAUGCUCGGUGUCGCCGUUGUCGCCACAGGGUACAUGCUCACGACCCGGGGCCAUUUUGAGGGCCAGAAUCUGCUCAAAUUAGACCGUAUCGGCGGAAUUGUGUGGGUCGGUCGCCCCGUGCUCAUUCUGCGAAGUCUCACAGCACUCUGCCUCCUCUCGACGGCCAGCCUCGACCUCGGCACCUCGGGCUUUGUCAGCUUCUUUGAUCGGACGCCGCUGCCCUUUUACAAGAUGCUACUGGCGUCCUGGGAAGUCGCGUGGCUUGUUGUCGUUGUUGAUGACAUUGGCCUUGUCGUGACACGCGAACACGCGCACUGGUACCUCUCGCUCCACUCGAUCGUGGUCUGCUGCGGCGCGGUGCUCUACUCGUACGUUAUGCCGGUCGCGCCCAGUUUGGUUGUUGAGAAGCAGUGCCAAGUGGUUGAAAUGGACUUUCAAAUACUUUGCACCUCGGCCGAUUUGGUGAUUGGGCACGUGCGUCGGCUGCUCGGCAUCGUUGUCUGCACGAUCGUAUCGCAUUUACUCGGGUACAUUCUGGCGCGCCUUGUGAUAGGGCCGUUGCCGCCGACAAAGGUGACAUCGCGCCUCUUGUCGGCCGGCGCCAAGUACUUGUACAACCACAGCCGCUGCGUCGUUCACGGCGUCUUCUAUCUGGACCGCGCGUCUGCGGCGCUCAAUGGCGUUCUCACGUAUCGCCAUCAAAACGUUCUGUACGCUUUCGACAUCAAGCUGUGGCGGAUCCUCGCUGCACCCGUGCCGGACGACGGCGAUCUCCGAGACGCGCUGCCACUCCCCGACGGCAUUGUUGGGAACGAGCCGUGGACGAUGGUGUAGCGUGCUCUGAUUGGUCUAAAUGGAAACGGCGCGUCGUUUUAUUGGAUA